AUGGGAAAAGACGGUGAAGACUUCAGAGGGAAACGCAUUGCCUUCAUGAUUCUUGAACACAAGCAAAGUCCAUUGGCAUUCAAGGAUGUGGCCAUCUAUUUCUCCAAGGAGGAAUGGGAAUGCCUGGACACAGCUCAGAGGGAUUUGUACAGAGAAGUCAUGUUGGAGAACUACAGCAACCUGGUUUCUGUAGGUGAGAAUAAAUUCUUCCAUGAUUGCUGCUAA